AUGGAGAGCACUAUUCAAGUUUUUGGCCUGCUCUUUCUGCUGGGCUUUGCAGCUGAAUCAAGUCCAUUUCCCAGCCCCAAUGCCACCGCCGUUCAUCAACUUUUUCAACGCAUGGACUCAAAUGCCGAUACCUGCAACUAUUUCCAACAGUUCUCCAGCGGAAGUUACUCGUAUAAUGACAAUUGUCGCGCGAUCCAGAACUCAAUGUCAAACACUUUCAAUGGAAAGUUGCGUACGAUGUUAAAGCAACUAAGAAAGCAAGCUUAUCAUAGAAGAACCAGUGUGGAAAAAAAGGUGUUGUGGUUCUACGAUUCCUGUCUAACAGCUCCCGAAGAAACCUUCGCCUGGGAACACUAUCUCGAGGUAUUGCCACAUGGUCCCAGACUCAACUGGCCACCUGCUUAUCGCAAGACUGGUAACCAAACAUUCCAGUGGCAGAGGACCUUGGCCAGACUUCGUCUCGUUGGUCUUCGGAAUCUCCUCUUCGAUGUGGACGUGGCUCUGGAUCCCACAGAUAGCAGCAGGACCAUAGUUCUCUUCAGAAAGCCGAUCAUCAAGGAGAUCCAGAAUAACAAGGAGAACGCAAAUUUGCUGAAAAGCCUGGGAGUCCGCAACGAUACGGUUUUGUUUUUGGGCAAUAAAAUUUCGCAGCUGCAAAAAGCAAUACAAAAGCUUGCCGCAAAACGUGGGACUAUGGAAAAUCUGUCCAUUAAAACGCUCAAGAAUCGGACUAAAUUACCAUUAACGCAGUAUCUUAAAAUUGUCUUUGGAAGGUCCAUGGAAUCAAACUCUACGGUUUGGGUCGAAGAUAUAGAAUACCUGGAAGGUCUGAGGGCAGUGAUAGAUAAAUACGACGGUGCAGUUUUAAUCAACUACUUGAUGGUCAGUUAUAUCCGGUAUCUGGUUGGCCUGAACGAUAGUCUACCUGGACGAAAACGCGGUAAAUGUAUAGCUGCAGUUCGAGUUUUAAUGCAGCCGGCCAGCGAGUUGCUCUACAAUAAGUAUUAUCCCCGUAAUAAAGAGGAAGUGCAGCGAUUGUUCGAUGACCUUAAAUUAUCUUUCUUGAAUUUGCUGACGAGGAAUCGACUGAAUCUAACUGAUGAGGAUUUGUCCCAUCACGUGCGGCAACAGCUUUAUAUGACUGUGUCUGUGGGAACGCUGCCAGAUAUUGACGAUCAAAGCGGCCUUGUUACGAAUUUGUAUAAGAACUUGAAAAUCGACAGGGGUUCGGACUUCGCCAUAGCCCAUCUGAAAGUUCUGCAGCAUCGGAAUAGACGUGUCCUGGCGCAACUACAUAAACCGGCGCUCAAGGAAAACCGACUUUUCAAUCUCUCUCCUGAACCCUAUUAUGAGAUUAGUGAAAACAACAUAGUCGUGCCGUUUGACACACUGCAGAAGUCCUACUUUUCGCCUAAUAUUCAUGAAGCCUUCAGGAAAAGCCUGCUGGGAUUCGUGAUAGCCCGUCAAAUGUUGGUGAACUUUGCGCCUCAAAUACAGCCCAUAUCUUUGAUAAACCAGAGCGAUGUCCCCGGAAUCUCCUGUGUUAAUCGAAACUGCUCAAGUGGUUUUACCGACGAUGAGAAGGAUGUAUUGGCCUUGGCACUGAUAAUGGAAAGUCUCUUCGAAAAAGACUCAGAGUUAAGGCAGAAACAUCCCUCCUAUUUACGCCUGUCCUCGAGGGAAGAGUUUCUCGUCAACUUCGUCGAAAUAUUCAUUGCACCCAAUUGGCGCAGGGGGCGUGGCUGGAUGGGAAUGUCAGGAUCCAUCAAGCCGCUGCGCUAA